CAAAUAGCUCUAUGUGUUUAUUAACUCUUGUCUAAAUUAAAAAAAUAAAAGUUGAAAAUAACUCUGUCUACAUUCCAGGCAUUAACCCUAACUUGCUAAAUCUCCCGGUCCAUUCUCUCCGAAGCUCUUCAGUUGUGUGACUGUGACUACUCACUUAAGAUGCUUCAGAUUGCGCUUUAUUUGUCAUGUGGUGCCACAGCAUGUUACCUCUGGGGCCGUAGAAUUAAAGGGAAAGCUGACUCUUUUAACAGUAUUACCCGUGUGGCCGACAUCAAAUGCUUAGAUGAUUUGCUUAAAGAGAAAGCCUCGAAUCUCCUUGUUGUUUUGUCCGGAAAAGUUGCUUCUGCAACGCCCUUUAACUGCAAACAUGAUGAUGAUUCUUCUUCGGGUGAUGUUUUUGAGGCUAAGUUCGAAAUGGAGUAUGAGACCAAAAAGGACGAUGAUGGUGGUUUGAUACACAAGUCUCAUAAUUUUCUGUUUCAAAUCAACGAGACUCCUUGGUAUCUUGAAGACGGUACUGGUCUGGUGAAAGUAGUGAGAGCUGAACUUGCUGAUGGAUAUGUUGAUACUAUGAAACCGCAAUUUGAUAUGUUGUCAAUGAGUGAAAUCUUUCAGAGGUUUGAAAACCCCCAAGAAGGCUCUAAGGUGAUCUGUCGUUGUGCUCUCGAUACUGGUACCUCCUUGACUAUUGUUGGCGAGGCUGCUAGAGACGAAGCUGGUACUCUCUCGAUUCAAAAUCCCAAGGAACAGUCUUUUAUGAUCUUCAGUGGAGAGGGCUCGUUUGAUAAAAUGGUUGCCAACUUGAAGUCAAAUUCAGAGUUUUACUUUUUCUACUCCAAGAUCUUUGGAACUAUUGCAGUGGCUAUAGCCGUCGUGAAAGGUGUGGGUUUCGUAAGAAGGGUUCUUCGUGAGAGAUCAGAGAAUGCUACUGAUUCAGACAACGAAGAAAACCCAUGAGGGAAGGAGAAUUAAUCAACACUAGUUUAUAAAAUCCCAUCCUCUACCAAGUGAAAGAAAAAAAAAAGAUAUUUGAGGCAAUUUUGGAAAAUCUACUAGCUAGCCAAGAGAUACCACUCUCGUUAGCACUGGUUAACGGAGUAAGUUGUUGGGAGUUAUGAGAUGAAUGUAAUAAAAAAAAUUCUGUUGAGACAAAUUAGAGAUUGUAUGUUUGUGGUUCUGAGUUGACUUUUUGUGACCGAAUUUAGGAUAGUACAAUUAGUAAAAAGAAGAUUAGAAAACUGAUGGAUGUUACUAUUUGAGA